AAAGGAGGUCAUCGUUGAAGCUGUUAGAGUAACUCUGAAUCCAUGUCCUCGAUCUCUUCUUCUUCUGAUUUUUUCUGAAACUCUCUCUCUCUCUCUCUCUCCUCUGUAACUUUUUCAGCUUUUCGAUCGAAGAAAACAACAAAGAAGAACCGUCGGUUACGUCUUUUACGGUAUGCUUAUCUUCGCCGCUUCACAUACAUACAAACAUUUCAAAGAUAUUUGUACGUUUCUUUUUUCGUAUUCCGAAUCCCUCGUUUCCUUUUCUCGUCUCCUUCCGUUUCUCGUCUCUUCCGUUGGCUUACUAUUCUCCGUUUUGCAGAACAUUUCUAUAUUUCUUUAGAAUUCUAAAACCCAUUUAUUGACUUUACCUGAAUUAUGUAAGAAAAUCUCAUAAUCUGUUUCUUCCCAAGGUGAAAAUAGCUUCGAAUAUGAAGGAAAAAGACGAUACUUUCUCGCCCACUUGUGUUCUCGAGGACUACUUCAGAAGCUCGGAUUCCUCGGAAACAUGUUCUUCAAAAGACCCUGAUUCCGAAGGCGUUAAAAAUUCCACAUCUUCUAAAUGGCACUGGUUUUUCAAAUUACUCAGAACUAGAUCGAAGAAGCCUUUAACCACAAUGCAUUCUCUCAACGUCAUGAACCUUUCCAGAAGAAUGAGCAGUAGUUUCCGGGAAAUUAUAGCCUCGAGAUUCGGGUCGGAAUCCGAUUGCCAUUUGAAGUCUCCAUGGAAGAACUUUAAUUUGUAUGAGCUGCAAAUUGCGACCAAUUAUUUCAGCCCUGAAAAUCUUAUUGGAAAGGGAGGUUAUGCUGAAGUUUACAAGGGCCGUUUGAGAAAUGGGCAACUGGUGGCGAUUAAGCGGCUAACGCGGGGAACACCGGAUGAGAUUACGGCGGAUUUUCUGUCGGAAAUCGGGAUCAUGGCUCACGUUAACCAUCCUAACACUGCUAAGUUGAUUGGCUAUGGGGUUGAAGGAGGAUUUUACCUUGUUCUUGAAUUGUCUCCGCAUGGGAGCUUAGCUUCCAUGCUUUAUGGUUGCUCAAAGGAGAAGUUGCUAUGGGGCAUUAGGUAUAAGAUUGCAUUGGGAACAGCUAGGGGUCUACUAUAUCUUCAUGAGCGUUGUCAAAGGAGAAUCAUCCACAGAGAUAUCAAGGCUGCAAACAUAUUGCUCAGUGAGGACUUUGAGCCUCAGAUUUGUGAUUUUGGUCUUGCAAAAUGGCUACCACAGCAGUGGACUCACCACACUGUGUCAAAAUUCGAAGGCACAUUCGGCUACCUUGCUCCCGAGUACUUGCUCCAUGGCAUAGUAGAUGAGAAAACUGAUGUGUUUGCCUAUGGUGUGUUGCUAUUGGAAUUAGUCACCGGACGCCGAGCUCUGGAUUACUCCCACCAGAGCCUUGUUCUAUGGGCAAAACCUCUGCUGAAAAAGAGUGACAUAAGAGAGCUGGUUGAUCCUUCUUUAGCUGAUGACUACAACUCCCGGCAAGUGACUCUCAUGCUCUUGGCUGCUUCCUUGUGCAUACAACAGUCGUCGAUUCGACGGCCAAGUAUGAGUCAGGUUCUUGAGCUUUUGCAUGGUGACUUUAGUUGUUUGAAGCACAUGAAGAAAACCCGAAUUCCAUUUUUCCGCAAGCUACUUCGCGAGGAACUCACUAAUGCAGAAGGCUAGAACAGCACAACCAAGAAUGAGUUCAUCUUCAUCGGCAUCGGCGGGUUUUGCUUUCGCAGUCCUCAGAGUUUACGGACAGGUUCAUGAAAGGAGUAGUGAAACAUCAGAAUUAAGUAUAUAGUUUACGGAUAUUUGUCUAAGUUCAGUCCAAAAAAAAAAAAAAACCACUGAUGAUAUGUUUCUCAACGAUCAACAUGCGUGUACAUACACAAACGUUGAAGAACAGAACAAGAGAAUGAAAAGGCCUUUCCAAUCUAUGUAUAUAUACAAAGAUUUACAGGGUACUUAUAGAUAAAUGUUAUAGAAAGUUCUACAAACUACAGACCAAAAAGGCUGUUCAACCCAUGGUAAUUUAUUGGGAAGUCAUUUUUGCUUAUAGCAUGC